UUCAUUUUUCCGAUCGUCUCAAACGCAGCAUGAGUUUACGUCCCCUGACGUCAUGACGCUCCCGGUGUUCGGUUGCCGCGCCGCGCCGAGCAGCAGACAUGGAAACAACGAGCAGCGCCGGUAAACCGGACGAGCCGCGGACCGACGAGGGGAUGGAGGCGGACGGGUCCAUGUCGAGGUCUGACAGCGGCAGUGGCGACGACUACCUGGACGGCCUCUCCAGCCGUGUCCCCCGGUGCCCUUUGACCCCGUCUUUAUCGCCACAAAAACGGACCACGAGCCAGUCCAAGACCGAGCCGCCGCUGCUGAGGACCAACAAACGGACCAUCUACACCGCCGGCAGACCUCCGUGGUACAACGUCACCGGGACCACCUUCAAAGAGGCCUUCGUUAUCGGUCUGUGUGGAGGAAGUGCUUCUGGUAAAACAACAGUAGCCAACAAGAUCAUUGAAGCACUGGACGUUCCCUGGGUGGUUCUGCUCUCCAUGGACUCUUUCUACAAGGUGUUGAAUAAAGAAGAGCAGGAGCUCGCGGCCAAGAACGAGUAUAACUUCGACCACCCCGACGCCUUUGACUUCGAGCUGCUGGUCACCGUCCUCAGAAAGCUGAAGAAAGGAAAGAGCGUCAAAGUCCCGGUGUACGACUUCACGUCUCACUGCAGACGCAAAGAAUGGAAAACCGUGUACGGGGCCAACGUGGUCAUCUUUGAGGGCAUCCUGGCCUUCGCCAACAAGGAGCUGCUGAAGCUGCUGGACAUGAAGGUGUUUGUGGACACGGAUUCUGACAUCCGCCUGAUACGGAGGCUGAAGAGGGACAUUUCGCAGCGCGGGCGGGACAUCAGCGGCAUCAUCAAACAGUACAAUAAGUUUGUGAAGCCGGCGUUCGAGCAGUACAUCGAGCCCACGGUGCAGUCCGCUGACAUCGUGGUGCCCAGAGGUGGAGAAAACUUUGUAGCUCUGGAUCUGAUCGUUCAGCACGUUCACAGUCAGCUGGAGAAGAGGAAGCUCCGCUGGGAUAUAUCCGCUCUGGCCUCGGCUCACCAGGGGCAGCCUUUACCCAAAACCCUCAGCGUGAUGGAGAGCAAGCCGCAGGUCCGCGGCAUGCACACCAUCAUCCGGAACAAGGAGACGAACAGAGACGAGUUUAUCUUCUACUCCAAGAGAUUAAUGAGGCUUCUGAUCGAACAUGCCCUCUCCUUCCUGCCUCUCAAGCCGGUGUCCGUGGAGACGCCUCAGGGUGGCGUCUAUGACGGCAAGAGGCUGAGCGGUAAAAGAAUCACGGGAGUUUCCAUCCUGAGAGCAGGAGAGACGAUGGAGCAGGCUCUGAUGGCCGUGUGCAAAGACAUCCGACUGGGGAAGAUCCUCAUCCAGACCAACCACGACACAGGAGAGCCAGAGCUUCACUACCUCCGUCUGCCCAAAGACAUCAGUGAAGACUACGUCAUCCUGAUGGACAGCACCGUGUCCACCGGAGCCGCCGCCCUCAUGGCCGUCAGAGUGCUGCUGGAUCACGACGUGGCAGAGGAUAAGAUCUUCCUGUUGUCCCUGCUCAUGGCAGAGAUGGGCGUCCACUCGGUGGCCUACGCCUUCCCUAAAGUCCGCAUCAUCACCACGGCCGUGGACAAGGAGGUCAACGACCAGUUCCACAUCAUACCGGGAAUCGGUAAUUUUGGAGAUCGUUACUUCGGCACCGACGCUCCGUCAGACUGGUGUGAAAGCGACGAGGGGAUGGACUUCUGAAGGAGGAGAACUUAUUACAGUGGAGACUUGUUACAGAAGCACUUACGGCUGUGAAGAAGAAGAAGAAGAAGAACCUCCUUCAUCCCUCGACCGCUCCGCUUCGCCGACGUCCUCGUGUCCGGCGAGGUAACGCUGUACAAACUGCUUCCUGUUCAGCCGGUGAGCGCUCGGUGGAGAUUUCAGUCCGUCCCUCCACGUUACAGCCGAGUUUAAAGAGCUGUAUUUAUUCCACUGCAGCCAACCCUAAACUACUUACUAAGGAAAAUGCUUGACUACGAUGUAAAUAAUGUUGCCAGUAAUGUGUUUGUGUCCAGAUGAAUCCACGUACUGUCAGUUUACUGGAAGGGCCUUAAAAUAAUCUUUGAGUUUCUUACAUGAUUUUGCACAGUAAGUCUCUUUGCCUUCACAUAAAACAGAUAUUGUAAAUAAAUCAUUCAAACGUCCGGUUGGAGAGUUACCUGGGAAGACUCGGCUAGAGCUCGGCUCAGUUUUAAUCCACAGUGUUCGAUCGAUCCCCUGCUCAGCCGCCUAAUCCGGAAUAAUCCAUUUUGUUUUGCACAAAGUCUCUAUCGCAGGUAUCGGAUGUUUACAGGGUUUAUUUCUGGAGUCAUCCAUCACGUCUAGUUCAGAGUCAUACUGUGAUUUUUAUUUCUUUAUUUUUUAGUGCGUUCCAUCUGUCUGUACUGUAAAAUUAAUAUUACCUCAGGCGACUUUCACUGAAAAUAACAACUAAAGAUUCAUACUUGAAGACGAUGAUCGAAGGGAAACGGUGGACGAACGUUUGUUUAAUCUGUUAAGUUGUUUUUAAUCUGUCUGUUACCACGACAACAACAAAAACACAGCCAUGUAGUUCCUCCACGCUCAUUAUUUUUUUUAAAAACUUAAAGGUCCAGUGUGUGAUUUCUGUUGCGGAUUGCAACCCCCUCCCCUCACCCUUCAUCUCCAAGAAUGAAGGAGAAACUACAGCGGGUGUGAAUCGCCUCUUAUCCAGAGAAAGCAAACUCAACAACACACAAGACAUCGCAGCCAGCGGUCCAACAGCAAGAAGCCCGUUUAAAAAUAUUAACAUCACACCGAUGUAUAACAGAACAGCUGCUUCGAGUCUGCAUGAAAACAUUCCAGCUGAUUCGUGGAGAGACGUCGUCCGUCUUUGACACAAUUUUAAGCAUAAAUGCAUUUUAUUUUGUUAAAAUAAUUAGUAAGAAAGAAAAACACUUGAUUGGCAGAAGAUUUGGAUAGUCAACCAGGGUUUCUAAAUAUUUAAUCGUCUGAUUCCAGCUGAUUAAACCCGAAUGAAAACAUCGUUACGGAUGCCAAAUCCCUCUAAAUGUGACACACUGGACCUUUUUUAAACAUCAACGUACGGCUCGCUUUGCUUUGUCUGUCAAACACUGUGCAGAAACGCAGCGCGCUGAUUUUAAAGCAGCACUUGUGUCAGCAUCAUGUCUGUGUAUUCAAAUAUACUCUGACCUGUACGGGAUGCUCACGUGUUGUUGUGGUAACAUUUUCUUUUAAUGUUUUUAUGUAUUUAUUGUUUGUAGAGAUUCUUCACAUAUUAGUUCUGCACAGACAUUUAUCCCCAGUUACAUAACCAGCCAAACUUUA